AUGUCCCGGGCAGCGGCCAUCGCCAGCUCGCUCAUCCGUCAGAAGCGGCAGGCGCGGGAGCGCGAGAAGCAGAACCAGUGCCGCGGCAGCGGCAGCCCCAGCAACAGCAAAGGCGCCAACGAUAAGCCCAGCAAACUCAAUGUGUUCUCACGGGUCAAACUAUUCGGCUCGAGGAAGAAACGGAAGAGGAAGCGACCUCCAGAGCCCCAGCUGAAGGGGAUAGUGACCAGGCUCUCCAGUCGACAGGGCUUCCAGCUGCAGAUGCAACCGGACGGCACCAUCGACGGCACCAAGGAUGAGGACAGCACCUACGCUGUCUUCAACCUCAUCCCCGUAGGCCUUCGAGUGGUAGCCAUCCAAGGCGUCCAAACCAAGCUCUACCUGGCUAUGAACAAUGAAGGCUUCCUCUACACCUCCGAGCAUUUCACGACCGAGUGUAAGUUUAAGGAGUCUGUAUUUGAGAACUACUACGUCACCUAUUCUUCGAUGAUCUACCGGCAGCAGGCCUCGGGGCGGGCCUGGUACCUGGGGCUCAACAAAGAGGGACAGAUCAUGAAGGGGAACCAUGUGAAGAAGAACAAGGCUGCAGCACACUUCAUCCCCAAACCACUCAAAGUUGCCAUGUACAGAGAGCCAUCCCUCCACGACCUCACGGAGCUGUCUCGCUCUGGAUCGGGGACACCCACGAAAAGCCGCAGCGCCUCUGCUCUUCUGAACGGAGGAGGGAAGUCCCCCAGCAACAAUGACUUAUCCUAGCCUCAACCCUCCGUCCAUUUACAUCAACACACCCAGACACACAACUUCCACAUGUUCGCGAGCUGCACAUCGAUCUCAGGAGAGGAAAAAUUAUUCGGAGAAAUGGGACGACAAUGACAGAGAGCGAUCUUCCACUUAACGGAGAACCACUGUGACUGACUUUGAUGUAAAUAUAAACUACUCUAUGGACAAUCAAACUUUCUCUCGUCUCCUGGGCUUCGAGCGCCCGGGAUCGUAACUUGUAUGAUAACGCAAGGACGAAGCUAAAUAGUCAGUCACACAGAUAUUGAUCCACAAAAGACUGUUACCGAGAACCAAAGAGCUCAGUAUUAUAAAACUAGAUUUCAGAAAGGGUUGCGCCGAAAAGUUAAAGGACAUCGGGAUCGAAACUACUACUACUACUACUACCGUUACUGCGAUGUUUACACAGAGCUAUUGGGGUAUUAUUUUUAAAAAGUAUUCCUUGUAAACUUAUAGGGAGUCUGCAUGCUGGCGUGAAUGAAACCUGUUUGGAGAUUGAGAGAGUGAGCGCGUGCAAGGGGGUCCUGGGGGUGCGUUUUCACUUUUUAACAAAUUAAGUUGUAUAUCAGAUUACUGAGGGCUUUCGCUAGUUCAAUUGUAUAUGCUUCCGUGUUACUUCUUCUUACAAUGUUUAAAUUACUGUUGUGUCACUUUUGAUGUAUGUCUGUUCGUAUGUUGUUGCAUGGACCUCAGUAGCAGCAUGCCAGAGGGUCAGACUUUGCCGAAAAAGGUCUUGACGAGUGGCCGAUCAAGACAGUAGUGAAAGGGUUAAUGGUUGUAAUAGCACUGGAGGCCCAUAGUAAAAUGCACCAUAAUGAUUUAGUGUGGACCAAUGCUAUAGGACCAGGAACCGCUUUGGUGGUUAA